AAACCCUCAUCCAAUACAAUUUCACUGCAAAAAAUCCCUUCACAACGCACACACAUAUGUAAAGGUCAAAUAUAUAUAGAGAUGGGCGGACGAAGUUUCUCCAUCGCAGCACACAAAACAAACUCAGCCCUCAUCAAUUUUUCUGCUCGUUCACAUCUACUCAUCAUCACCCUUCACAUUUCUCCAUCCCCCAACAUAUAUAUAAACUACACACCCUACUUGUCUUAAUUAUUCCAUCAUCGCAGCAUUCAAAUUUCAUCACACAAUGGCUUCUUUCUUCAUGAUGCGAUCAUCUGCAUCCUCGUUUUCUUGCUCUAUUUUUCUCUCUUUUGUUCUGCUGUCUUUUUGUGCUGUUUCGAGGGCUCAAAGUAGUGUACCGGGUAUGUACGUGUUUGGGGAUUCGCUGGUGGACGUUGGCAACAAUAACUACUUGGAACUUUCUAUAAUUAAAGCCGAUUUUCCAUACAACGGCAUAGACUAUCCGGGUGGCCAAGCAACCGGCAGGUUCUCCAAUGGCAAAAAUGCUGCUGAUUUCUUAGCGGAGAAAGUGGGGUUAGCAAGUGCGCCGCCGUAUCUGGGGCAGCCUAACGGUGUGUUUGUGAAAGGGGUGAGCUUUGCUUCGGGAGGAGCCGGAAUCUUUAACACCACUGAUGAAAGCCUCAUCAAGCAUACAAUUCCAUUACCGCAUCAACUGGGACAUUUCUCCACCGUGCGUCAGAGACUAGCCAAAGAAUUGGGAUCUCAUUUAGAGGACCACUUAUCAAAGUCGCUCUUCCCCGUCGUUAUUGGGAGUAACGACAUUAUCAACUAUUUCAACACCGGGUCUGACGCUUCUCAGAAAUACUCCCCUCAGGAGUAUGUCACUCUAAUGGUUUCCAACUUCAAAGAAUUGCUCAAGGGAAUGUAUGGUCUAGGAGCACGCAAAUUUAUAGUCACUGGGAUAGCCCUGAUCGGAUGUGCGCCCAAGGUAAGAUAUCCCACCCCCACCGGUGAGUGCAACAAAGACGUAAAUUACUGGGCCAAAAAAUACAACGAUGAGCUCACACUGAUGCUGCAUGAAUUGAAAUCGGAGCUCAAAGAAUUCCAGUACUCGUAUUUCGACACAUACGGUGUCUUCACUGAGUUUAUUCAGAAUCCAGCAACUUACGGGUUCAAUGACACAAAAUCCGCUUGCUGUGGACUGGGAAAAUUGAGGGCCAAGUUUCCUUGCACGCCGCUUUCGCUGUUUUGUUCGGACAGAAGUGACCACCUUUUCUGGGAUGUGUACCAUCCUACAGAGGCAGCUGCUCGCAUUUUCAUUGAUGUGCUUUGGAGAGGUUCAGGAAAUUAUACAUUCCCCAUGACCGUUGAGGAGCUGAUUGCUAUUUAAUAAUAGAACUAGGCAACACAUUUUAAGUGAGAACAUGUGCGAUAGGUGCUUCUGAAAUAGAAACAACUGGGAAUUUCAUUGAGUUUUCUACAUUUGAAGUGUCUAUAUAUAUAUAUAUGUUGAAGAAAUGAAUUGCAUUAUACCCAAUAAAAUCUGAAAGCAGCGACUUUGAUGAUUGGCGCACAAUAACCUUCUUGUGUCUAACGUUCCUGCUAUGCUGAAGCUUUCUUAAAGAAAACACAAUUUUAGCAGAGAAGAAAAUGAAGGGUAAGAAGCAAGAGAAUGAUUCUCUUGUACAGAAGGCGUAGAGGACACAACUGUGCAUUUCAAGAACAUGAUCGUUACUGUCUGGCUGCAUUAAGAUGCCACCAAAAACAAAACAAAAAAAAAAAAA